UGUAUUGGAUUAUCACUGAUGACAAUCUGAGAGCUCUCAGUACUCUUACAGUAGCGAUUCUUCACAGCUCGGAGUUUUUACACGAAAAUCUUAUUUGUAUUUAGAAUUUAUUUCUCAUUAUUUGAGCGCGUUGGUGUGUGUUAGGAUGUCCGGAGUUACGCGGUGUUUAAGGACUCGGUUUUUCAUUCACGGAUUAAAAAAAAUGAUCAACCCCCAACUCACAGUGACUGAGAGGACUCACACACAGCGGACCUACAGCAGCGCCUCAGACAUUGCUGGGGUGAAAGAGCGCACUUUGGUUGCUGUCAAACCGGAUGGGGUUCAGAGGCGUCUGAUUGGUCAGAUCAUUAAACGCUUUGAGCAGCGAGGAUUCCGGUUAGUGGGGCUGAAGAUGGUGAAGGUGUCUGAGGAGUUACUGGCCCAGCAUUAUGAAUCUCUUCAUAAGAAACCGUUCUACCCCAGUCUACUGCGCUAUAUGACCUCAGGCCCUGUGGUGGCAAUGGUGUGGGAGGGUCACAACAUAGUGAAGUCAACACGAAUAUUAGUUGGAGACACAAACCCAGCUCAAGCUGUACCUGGAACUCUGAGAGGAGAUUUUAGUGUUCACAUUAGCAGGAACAUUGUACAUGCAUCAGACUCCGCUGAGGUGGCACAAAAAGAGAUCUCACUCUGGUUUCAGCGCUCUGAGCUGUUCGACUGGGAGGCUUGUGACCAUAGCAACAUCUACCAUCAAUAAGUGUGUGUGAGGGGUUUCUAAUCUGUUGAAAGUUUAAAGUAAUAUUGACACUAUUGCUGUAGCAUUAGAUUUUUUUGCUUGGAAUGUUCAAUAAUUAAAUUUUUUUUUCUUCAAUUGGCAUAUAUAUAGAGAAAAUGUGAAGCUCUAAGCAAAACAUCUGUUCCUGAACAUAAGAGCAACUUUCAGACAGGAAAAACACUGUGAAAAGGACUAAAAGUGUAUAUCACUGUAAUAACAACUGUCAACAACUACAUCUUCUGCCUUUGUAAUAAAAUGAUAAAGUCA